CACAUUUUGAAUGUCUGUUGUGGUUUAGGUGAUACAAGAAUUUAUUUUAAUAUUAAGUGACUAUCCAAGCGUAUUAAUGAUGGGUCUAUUAAAUAUUUUAAGAAAGUUACGUUCAAAUCCAGAUAAAGAAUUGCGUCUAUUACUGCUUGGUUUAGACAAUGCUGGUAAAACAACACUUUUAAAGCAAUUGGCAUCAGAAGAUGUAAAUCACGUUACUCCAACUGCAGGUUUUAAUAUUAAAUCCGUACUAUCUAGCGGAUUUAAAUUGAACGUAUGGGAUAUUGGAGGACAACGAAAGAUACGUCCAUAUUGGAGGAAUUAUUUCGAAAAUACUGAUAUCUUGAUUUAUGUCGUGGAUUGCUCAGACCAUCAACGACUUGAAGAGACAAGUCUAGAAUUAGCGGAACUACUGCAGGAUGAUAAGUUACGUGGUGUACCAUUAUUAGUGUAUGCUAAUAAACAAGAUUUGGAUACUGCUUUACCAGCCAGUGAAGUCGCGCAACAUCUUGGUCUUCAUUUAAUUAGAGAUCGUACAUGGCAAAUACAGGCCUGUGUUGCCAUUGAAGGAACAGGAGUGAAGGAGGGUAUGGAAUGGGUAUGCAAGAAUAUACCAGUCAGGAAAUAAAGCCUACAUUGGAUAUAGUAAAUAGUUAAUAUUUGAAUUAGUCCUUUAUCUUUGAUAUUUUCAUCAAAUUAUUGCACUAUGUAUGUAUUUUAUGCAAUAAAUUGGUAUGAUAUUAAUCAAUAGGGAUAUAAAGUAAAGUUAAAAUCAAACACUAUGUUAUAUUUGAAUGUAUAAAAAAAUCUCUGAUCUUUUCUCCUAUAAUAGCCUAAUGCUCCUAUUAUAGUCAAUAGCCUAAUGGUUAAGGGUACGGAUUUCCGAUCACGAGGUCAGGGGUUCGAUUCCCGCCAUUCGA